CCUGCUCCAGCUCUCUCUCUCUUCCUCAUCCUUGCCGUUGAUUCUCCUGCCCGUUAACCCGGUCUCAAAUGCCCUCCGUCCGUUUCUGCCUCUAUCUACGUCUGUGCCGGGCCCGGUGAGGAGAGUUUGUUGUGCGGCCAUUUGUCGCCGUCUUGUCUCAGCCCGCCGCAUUGAUCAUUGGUGAUUUCGAACACGGCGCCGGGGGUGUAUUCGGGGCCUUUUGCUCAACGUCCUACGGUCUACAGACAUUCGAUCGAAUACAAGGAAAUUCCAAUUCGCUCGGGAUAAUACUGUCGCUCUAGAUAUCUCUCUUUGCGCAAUUCCCAGCCGCCUGGUCUGCCGCGCGACUACGUCCAUUCACUCUCUUGAUCGGAACUGGUCUGCUUUGACAUCGCGCAAACCAACAAAUAGUCUCCCAAACAUGGGCGACAGUAGUAAAGAUCCAGAUAGCGUGGUGCGCAGCAGUCUACCGGCAGCAGGGUUGAAUCCGAAAUUGUCUGGUCGCGCUACGAAUGUCGCAAACAUUGCCUCUCCGCCUGGAUCUAAGACACCCCCCAGCAUGUCCUCUAGGCGAACACUCUUCUUCCCCGAACCGUCUGCCCGCCAACAGAAACCCCGCACAGGGGCUGAACCAGUCGAUGCCGAUGCGCUUGCGAUGGCUCUGAAAGAAUACGAGGAAGCGGGACAUCGUCGCGAUAGAACGCCAGGAAGCAGUCCUUAUCGAAAGAGACAGAGGGUCUAUGGAGACAGAUUUAUACCGAACCGCGAAGGACAGGAUCUACAAGCAACUUACAGUUUACUACACGAAGAUGGAUGUCCGUCCACCCCUUCAAGGUCAAGAAGACGGACACCACAUUCAGAACUUCAUUUUCAAAAGACUGAGGAAGCUAAUCGAACUUACUCGCGAGUGCUGCGAAGUGAACUCUUUGGCAACACUGUUCCCCAGACAAGCUUGGAUUCGUUAUCAACAGACCCACUGCUAGGCCUCAGCAACGGUAUAAAUGAAAAGACUCGAUCCCAUACCCCACCAUCACACGUGUCUAGCCUCCCACCAGCUAGCAUAACACCGUCUACUCCGCACAAAAAUCUCUUCACCUAUGCGUCCCCACGUCCCGGUUCAGGUCAACACACCCCAUCGAAAACCCCUCGCAGCCAACAUGGCCCCAAUUUGGAUGUCAGAUCUGAGCUGUAUAGCUUGUCGCCAAUCCGUUACGACAGCCAACGUAUCCUUGAGACUCCGCGCAAACAGCCGCGUUACGUGAACAAGGUACCCUACAAGGUUCUCGACGCUCCAGAUUUGCAGGAUGAUUUCUAUCUGAACUUAGUAGACUGGGGAGGCAGUAAUGUUCUCGGCGUCGGAUUGGGAAACUCGGUUUACAUAUGGAAUUCUCAAACUGGUCGGGUAACUAAACUAUGUGAACUUCGCGACGAUACGGUUACGAGUGUUAGCUGGAUCCAAAGGGGUACCCAUCUUUCAAUUGGCACCGGGAAAGGUCUCGUGCAAAUAUGGGAUGCAGAGCGUUGUCACCGUCUAAGGACCAUGAUUGGUCAUACGAAUCGUGUCGGGGCCCUUGCUUGGAAUGACCAUAUCUUAACUUCGGGAUCCCGAGACCGGUUAAUUUUCCAUCGCGACGUCCGUUCACCAGACCAGUACUUACGACGACUAUCUGGCCAUAAGCAGGAGGUUUGCGGCCUCAGAUGGAAUACGGAAGACGGUCAGCUAGCGUCUGGAGGGAAUGACAACAAAUUAAUGGUGUGGGAUAAACUGAGUGAGACGCCUUUAUACCGGUUUUCCGACCACACUGCUGCGGUGAAAGCCAUUGCUUGGUCACCUCACCAACACCAUCUACUUGCAUCGGGUGGAGGUACGGCUGAUCGGACCAUCAAAUUCUGGAAUACUUCAACGGGGUCGAUGAUCAAGGAAGUCGAUACAGGUAGCCAGGUCUGUAAUCUGGCGUGGUCCAAAAACUCGGAUGAGAUCAUCAGCACCCAUGGCUACAGUCAAAACCAGAUUGUGGUCUGGAAGUAUCCGCGCAUGGAGCAGAUCGUAUCAUUGACAGGCCAUACCUUCCGCGUCCUCUACCUGGCCAUGAGCCCGGACGGUCAAACUGUUGUCACAGGCGCUGGCGAUGAGACGUUGAGGUUCUGGAAAAUCUUCAACAAAAAGUCCGGGAGGGAAAGCGGGCGUGAAGGUGGCAGGUUAUCAGAAUGGGGUACGAUUCGGUAAGAUGAGGUGGCCACUUCAUGCACCAUUACUGCUGUCAUGCGUUUCCAUUGCCUGUGCAUGUUAAGGCGUUCAAUUCGGUCUCCAGCAUCUCGAUACCCCGACGUUGCAUUAGACAUGGCGUUCUUGUUGGACUUGGCGUCCCUUCAGAGCUAGGAUUUGCCUUUUGGCGAUUUUAAGGGGGUUCUCGUGUUAUUCCUUCUUGGCAUCUCUUGCAUCUUGUUCGCGGGUUUAUGGCAUUUUACAGUUUUUUUGAGCGUCCGUCUUCUUCCGUUUCCUAAUAUGACCGGUUUCAUUGCCUCCCUCUUUCUUUCCUAUCCUUUUGUCUCCCAUGUCAGCAACCCCAUACGGGUUUUCCUUUGUCUUAUUGUCCUGUUUUCCAUUUCAAACUUCUGUCGGGGGUACAGUUUCUAUCACGCAACUCCCUCAAGAGAGUGUCAUCUGUGGAUUCCAGCAGGAGAUGCUCAUGGAGUUUGUUUGGUGAGGUGACGCAUAAAAUAUAUGGCGUUUGCAUUUCAGGUUGGGGCAGGAGUUGUUUUGCCUUCCCUUACAGCUGCUAUUCUUUGUUCUGUUUUGUUUUUCUUGUCUUCAUCUGGGUCUGCUUACAUGGUAUGCAUUUGAAUGAUGAUGGCACGACUCUUUCUGCUACUCAUUGAACCAAGACUGUCUUGCCAAGCUUGUCUUUUCCAACUGAGAUUGUGCAUCUGCAUGAUCACUCUGGCUGCAUUGGGAAGCUUGAGAGAGAAUAAUAAUCAUGCAAUAUGUUAAAACCAACUCUUAUGAGGAAUCAUAUAAGGUAAUCCCUGAA